AUGGUUAUUAACGCGCACCAUGAAUUAAUUUUGAUACGAGCGCGCAAUGAUAACAAUUCUAUUGUGGAAACGAAUAGAACGACGGAACCGGAAAUUGAAUUGUUCAAAGUACAGUGGCGAAUGCCACAUGUUACGUUAAAUGAAGUCAAUAAAUUGUCCAUACUACGAGCUUUGGAAAGCGGGCGAUAUCUAAGUAUGAGUUUUCGUUCCUGGGAUCUGUAUGAGUACCCCUUGUUGCAGAGCACUACCAAACAUUCGUGGGCUGUUAAAACUGCAACACAAUUAGAAGAGCCUCGAUUCAUUAUCUUUGCACUACAGAUCGGUCGCAAGAAUAUCAUGUCUCAAGAUGCUACUAUUUUUGACGAUUGUAAUUUGAUCAAUGUGAAACUUUAUCUCAACUCUGAAUUUUAUCCGUACGAUGACUUGAAUCUAGACUUUCGUAAAUCUAGAUACUCCAUCCUGUUUGACAUGUACCAACGUUUUCGUAAAUCUUAUUAUGGACGUGAUUCCUACGAUACGCUGCUUAACGUGGUCACAUUUCUGCAAAGAGGACCUUUUACAGCGAUUAAUUGCUCGCGGCAAAGCGAGUCCAUCAAAAGUGCUACUGUGGACGUGCGCAUUGAAUUUGAUUGCAAAGAAAAUGUGCCAGCGAGCACUACCGCCUAUUGCCUUAUCUUACAUGAUCGUGUAAUUGAAUACUGUCCAUUGUCUAACGUUGUGCGCAAAAUCAUGUAA